AUGGAGCCAGUUGUCAAAAGUAUUGUGCAGGUUGAUCCCGCUUCUUCGAUAAAAUCUCUACCGGUCCCGUCGCGAGAUGAUAUGCUGAGCGCGCAGUCAUCUCCAUACAUUUUUGAUGCUUUGUUUGCGGAUGUCAAGGAUCAUAAAUGCAUGGCUUUGCACUCGUCUGGAUCCACAGCUGGUACAAUGGCAUUCAUCAUUCUCCCCGUCUUCUACGCAACUGCGACUGCCGUUUGGGGUCCCGCAACCGUGCCACCUAACGGUUCGCUGAUGAGCUCCAUUAUGAGAAAUAUGACGAUUCGAGCCCACUAUCUGUUUCCUUUCAUUCUUGAACAAUGGGCAUCUGAGCCAGGUGUUUAUAAGCAGGCAGAAAGUUUUGAUUUCGUGUUAUAUGGUGGAGGACCUCUAGCUCCUGGUGUUGGACACAGACUCAGUGAAUAUGCUGACCCGGGGGAAUGGCAGUAUCUUGAGCCAAAUCCCGCUGAGGAGUGUGAUAUGCAAGAGAUAGAGGCGGGCUCGGGUCUUUAUGAGAUGGUGCUACACCAAGAUGAAAGAUUCCGCGAUCGGCGCACCCUUUCACACACAUUCCCGAAUUUGGAGGAGUGGCGUACCAAGGAUUUGUUCACUCCUCAUCCUACGAAAAAGGGUCUCUGGCAGUUUCAUUCCCGCACUGACGAUGUCAUCGUGCUAGGCAGUAGCUAUAAGGUGUUUCCUCUUCCUAUGGAGAUAGUUUUCCAGGCAGACCCAAAUAUCUCUGGCGCCUUAAUCAUCGGGAAAGGACGGCCGGGUGUAGCUCUCAUCAUAGAGCCGACGCCGUCUGUAAAAAACCUGAGCAAAGAUGAUCUUAUGGAAAAGAUUUGGCCCUCAGUUGUUACCGCAAAUGCUGGUGCAGCAUCCUUUGCCCAGAUCCAGCGAUCUCACAUCAUUCUGACAGAUCCUGACAUUGGAUUUCUAAGAACCCCCAAAGGAACUAUUGUACGCAAACUUUCUGAGGCACUUUACACAUCCACCAUUGACUCCAUAUUCAAUGGUAUUUGGAAUGAUGACCGUGAGGCUGGUUGUCUUGAAAAGAUCUGGGCUCAUGAGACCAAGAAUUUCAUUCGGUCGGCUAUUCGCGCUAUUCUUGAACUAGCUCAAAAGCUUAAGCUGGCGCUGUCGAACAGCAUGAGCGGUGAUGGUGAUACAUUGACCAUCUGGAGACUCGCUAUUUACGAGAAUCCCACCAUAAAUGGCCUCAGUAAGGCUGUACUCAGCUCACACUUUGAUCAAAAAGUUUCAAAGCCAACAGAGAAUCUCACAGCCGAUGAUCUCGUUCAAGAAUUGAAAGCCAAACUUCCAGAGCGAAACAUGCAAUCACAGGAACCAUCUUCAUCAUCCAAGGGACAGCAUAUAGUUUUACUCGGUGCCCGAGGACGUCUAGGGCCAUUCCUUGUCAAGGCUUUGCUUGGUAGCCCUAGUGUUGCUAGUCUUACCUGCCUUGACCGUGCCCGGGGAGCGAGUCCCAGCAAAGCUUUCCAGGAAUGUGCUGACAAACUGGGCAUUUCCAUCGACACUGCUGACCCACGACUGCAAUUUAUCACUGUUGAUAUUUCCAAGACGAAUCUGAACAUACCAAAAGAGCAGCUCGAUAUCAUCUUGGAAAAUGUCAAUGUGAUAAUCCACAAUCUCUGGGUUGUGAACUUCGCUUACUCGCUGGUGUCCUUCCAGUCCGAGAUGUUCAAAGGAUUGUCUUCCAUGAUUGAUAUUGCGAAUAACGCAUCUUCUCAACCUAGACUGGAUCUCAUCUACCAUCCCAUUGCCGGAGGAUUUGAUCAAAUCCCGGAUCUUGCGGCAGCAACCGGGUAUGCUCAAGCGAAGCGAGUCGCAGAAAGAGUCCUCGCUGCUGCAGGGAAGAAGCUCCAGCUUCCUAUCUCUAUUCUACGAAUUGGUUUCAUCGGAGGUCAAAGUAUUGGUCCUGUUAAGUGGCAAAGCAAGGAUACGUUACGGAGUCUCGUCCUUCUCUCGGAAGCCACCAAGCUAGUUCCGAAUGAGAUGGGUGAGGUGGAUUACAUUCCCGUGGACGUCCUUUCGAAUAUCAUUCGCGACGUUGCUUUACGAGAAAAGGGGGAACUCGGUGCCCAGUUUUAUAACUUGGUACACCCAAAGCCAGUCCCGUUCUCAAGGCUUGCCGAUGCCCUACAAUCUUGCAUCCCAUCUUCGAAGAAGGUCAGUUUUGCAGAGUGGGUGGACCACCUGUCCAAUCUGCCAGAUCAGGCUCUCUCCAAAGACUUGAAGGCUGAAAGGGUCGGUAUGUUGCCAUUUUUCCAGGCUUUGAGAAAUAUGGAAUCGCCACCUCUGCGGGUGGAUACGACGAAAGCUCAGGCAAUUAGUGAACACCUAGCAAAUUUGGAGCCUCUGGGUCCGGAGUUGUUGAUUCGGUGGUUCAAGGAAUAG